CACGCUGCACGCGUUACGGGCAAAGGCAGUGCAAAAGCACUGAAGCACGAACAAACUCUCUCUCUCCUCUAAACUGAUACCACAUACCAGAGAACGCCAGAACGGCCGACUAGGCGACUACCGACGACCGCAGUUCGCUGCGAGCCAGCGACGCUGCCAGCCGCGUUCACAUUCUGCGGCUUCGCGACCAAAUUCGCAUUCUUCGGCUUACCAAAUUCGAUUUUUGUGAUUUCUCUAAGCGUCGCAAUAAUAUCCAGCUGCACUUGGUGGUUAAGAGCUCUGGUCUUGAGAAUUGCAGUGAAUCAUGAGCAAUUCUUUAAGCUUUGAACCUUUUAACAGGUUGGUGAAAUUUACAGCCCGAGCAUUCUAUGAUGACAUCUCAACAAAGGGUGAUAAUCAGCCCAAGACAAGUCGGAGUGACAAUCGGGGGAUGGCAGUGGUUAUUCUUGAUGCACUCACUAGACGUCAAUGGGUGAGAGAGGAAGAUUUGGCAAAGGAUUUAAAAAUUCAUUUGAAGCAAUUACGUCGGACAUUGCGGUUCUUUGAGGAAGAGAAGCUGGUAAUGCGUGAUCAUAGAAAAGAGACAGCAAAAGGGGUAAAACUGCAUAAUGCAGCAGUUUCAGCCACAGCUAAUAGUCAUCAUCAUGGAAGAGAGGGAGAAGACAAGAUUAAGCUGCACACUCACUCAUACUGUUGUUUAGAUUAUGCUCAGAUUUAUGAUGUUGUGAGGUACAGAAUGCAUCGUAUGAAGAAAAAAUUGAAGGACGAAUUGGAUAGCAAAAACACAAUCCAGGAAUAUAUAUGCCCCAGCUGUAACAAAAGAUAUACUGCGCUGGAUGCAGCAAGGCUUAUUUCCGACGAUGGUGAAAAUUUUCUUUGUGAAAAUUGUCAAGGGGAACUUGUGGCAGAAAGUGACAAGUUAGCUGCUCAAGAAGUAGGAGAUGCUGAUGAUAAUGUGAGGAGGCGCCGCCGUGAAAAGCUAAAGGAGAUGCUUCAGAAAUUGGAGGAGCAGCUCAAGCCUUUAGUGGAGCAACUUAAUAGAGUUAAAGAUUUGGCAGUUCCUGAUUUUGGAACUCUGCAGGCUUGGGAAGUGAGAGCUAGUGCUGCUGCGCGUGCAGCGGCUGAGGACAAUCCCAAUGAUCCCUCCAGGUCAUAUCAAGGUGGAACGCCAAUGCCUUUUCUUGGUGAUCCUAAGAUUCACGUGGCAAUUAGCGGUGUGGAAGAUAAAGAAGACUCUAAAUCUGGUACUGGAAAUGCACCCAUGAAAGUUUUGCCUCCUUGGAUGAUCAGACAAGGCAUGAACUUAACGAAGGAGCAACGUGGUGAGGGGGAACAGGAAACUAAGCAGGAUGUCACUUUGGAGCCCUCUGGUCUAUCAGACGAUAAGAAGUCAACUGUUGUAAAGGACGAAAAAAGCCUACAGGAUGAGUAUGUUAAAGCUUAUUAUGCUGCUAUCCUGGAACGACAACGUGAAGAAGAUACCAAGGGGCAGCAGGAUAUAUCUAGUGGAGAGGUCUCGGGUCAACCCAUACCGUCAGAUCGUCAAGUUGGCGUAAAAUCAAAACGUGAGGAUGAGACCGAGGACGAGGAUAUAUGGGAAGAGGCUAUGCCUUCAGCAGGGAACUCUGGCAAAAGCUACAAGGUCGACUUGAAUGUUCAAGCUGAUCCUCUAGUUGAGGAGGACAACGAUGAUGACGACGAUGUGGAGUGGGAAGAUGGUUGAUUUUCGAAUUUGUCGAACUCACCUUGACACUGUAGUUUUAUCAGACAUUGUAAUAGUAGUGAAGCCUGACUGCGAAAUAGCCUUUUGAUAUAAAUCCUGAGUUUUAAGUGGUUUUCUAAGUUGUGGGAAUGGUGAAAUAUUGGGAGGCUGAUUACUACUAAUAUGAUGGAACACGUUCCUUUGUGUUAUAACAAAUUCUUGUAUUUUCUUGAUGUAUAUACAUAUAAGUAAUACUCGGACUUUCAACCA